AUGGAGCCCAACGUGGCGUUCCGAGGCGGCGGCCGCUGCUGGGGCAGCGCGGAAGCGGGCGGGAGGCCCUCGGAUGUGUUCAGCACUGCCCUGCCGGGCUCUGCCUCGCUCUAUGGCUGCUACAAAUCACAGAAUGAAGAAAAUGUGGAGUUACCUCAGGCCUACAGCUCUUCCCUUUCAACAUCAGAGUACUCUGCACCCAUGGACCCUUCCCUUUUGUACCCCCCUUGGUCUACGUGUACAGAUGACACCAAGCCACCUGCUGCUCCUCAGAUUAACCUGAAGUCCAGGAUUCAGCCCGAAAGGAAUGAUUAUGGCAGUGAAACUGAUUUGUAUGGACUCGUGUCAAACAUCUUGGAAGAACAAGACAAACCACAGCCGUGCUUUGCUGAGGGGAGUUGCCCUCCUGCCCUGAAGUCAGUGUGGCCAGUGAACACGAGCAGAAUGGAGCACCAUGACCUGUUGCCAGAAGCCAGGAGGGCAGUUGUUGGAGCAGUGCCCCAGCAGGGUUUCUAUGGCACCGAGUCCCUCCCUGCUGCUGACAAGCAGUUCCUGCAGAGUCCCGCUCUGGUGGCGCAGCAGAAAGCAGACGAUUGUUACCGCGGCUUUGCCGGCGUGGACCUGGAAGAGCAGAGCUUGUACUCUGCCAGGAGUGAUCGUGCCAAUGGCUGCAGCUUGCAGGCUAAUGAGAGUGUGAAGACAACACCUGUAUACCAGAACUACCCCUACCUGAAAAACACCUUUGCAGCCCAGGCUGGGUACUCGGAAGCAAUCAAAGACUCGGGAGCUGAUGCUUAUUCCUAUGGAAGGGAGAAGGUGUGUCCCAAAGGAGCAGAUGCACAGGUGCACCCAAAGCGGGCAGAAACGUUCCUUCCACAGUGUCACAGAUACAAUGAGAACACAGAUUUUACCAGAUACACUGAAUAUUCUCAUGCUGGUAAAGCAAAGCCCAACAAGGGCACCAGUUGUAGCCUCCAAGAAAAUAGAAAGCUGGUAAAUGGAACCCCUGAGGCACCAUCUCUGGAUGCAGAGCCCUAUGCUAAAUUAUUUCAAGUUAAAUCAGGAACUCAGAAAAAAUUUGAAGAUACAAUUUCAGAUCAGCAUGACUUUGCCUUUCCCAAGUCUGUAGGACUUGUAUCAGAAAAACAAUUUGCAAGCGAAUCUUCCUUCAGCACUGAUUUUGGGCAAAAAUUUGAAUAUGGACUAAAAUCUUUUGCAGCUUGUCCAGGGAAUAAUGGUGUGGAAAAGCAGCAGUUUUCCAAGGCCGAUCUUCAGAAUCCUGAAUUCUAUAAAUCACUCCCGCUGUUGCCCAGUGCAGCAGUCCCCUCAGCAGGCUCUAGUGCCAGGCCAGGGUGGAUGAACAUCCAAACCAAACCCACGGCCUCUGGCCCCUUCCAGAAUCCAAACCCUUUGUUGAAACUGAAUAAUCAGUCACCUCCAUUUCCAAAAAGCUCUCGUCAUUCUAAUGAUGUUUUUCAGUUGCCAUCUUCAAAUUUGCCUUUAAAUAGUAAUUUACUUCACAAGUACUGUCAAGACAACCCAUUCCUCUCCAGCCUUGACUUCGGCUACAGCACUGCAGAGCGAGCUCGGGCAGCUGCGUGCAUGGAAGCCCUGGUUAGGGGUGGGGAAGAGAACCUCAUCGAGUACCUCAGCGAGAAGAAGUUGAAGCAGCCAAAUGGAUUCUGUGACAGUUACUUGGCUCAGCAGUUGGGGAUCAUUGACAAUCUGAACAAUAAGCGUUUCCAGCUGAAGCCGCAGAGCGAGCACUGUGAUCUGGAAGGGCAGAACCAGGUGGAUGGGGUGUUUCAGGACAUGUACCAGGAGUUACUGGAGUCUCAGGGGCAGCUGCAUCUCGGGGCAGGGAACGGGGACACCGGUGCCAUUGCUGCUGGGAGCUGCCUGCAGGCUCCAGGCAUUCCCAACUGCGUGGUGGGUGACUUCAGGCGGAACCGGCAGCUGGGCCCCAGCACCUUCCCCAUGAGAUCUGCUCACCUCUUGGGCCGGUCUGUGGUGCCUCUGGUGGAGCCUCACACCUUGUUCUCCCAGGACGACCUCAAACGCCUCUACCCGUGCUUCACAGAGAAGAUGUACGGUGACAAUGCCCUUUCUGGUUUUGUGUCAGCAUUUGGAUUUCAAAAGCAAGUUAAAAGUCGCAGUGGGCCUGCCAGCGAGCUGCAUGUGAGACUGGAAGAGUGUUACGAGCAGUGGAGAGCGCUGGAGAAAGAAAGAAAGAAGACUGAAUCAGCUCUUGCUAAGAAUUUCCAAGGGAAGAAGGUUUCCAGUACUAACAACAUUCCAAUUCCAAGGCUGACAUCAAAUCCAUCAAGGGUUGAUCGCUUAAUUGUGGAUCAGCUACGGGAACAAGCCAGAGUUGUGACUUUACUGGGGAAGAUGGAGCGCCUGCGCAGUUCCCCGCUGCACGCCAACAUCUCCACUGCUCUGGACAAACUCCUGGAGUCGAUCCACGUGGUGCAGGCUUGCAGGAAGGAUGAAAUUGUCAGUGCUUCCAGCCGGCAGCGGCACGGCCCUCCCAGGUGCCAGGAUGAGAGAGUGGUGCUGGCUCUGGCCGCGGCGCUCCGAGCCCUGUGCCUGGCCACGCGCAAGGUGCGCACCGUGCUGUGGUGCGCCUUCCAGAUGACCCUGCCCAAACCCUCCGCUGGCAAACGGGCUCGGGAGAGACUUCCUCAGGAGGGAGCGGUGCCCGAAGAGAAACGAGCCGAGACCCCCCCGGCUGCGGCCGCGGCCCCGCGAGGGCCCAGGGAAGGGGGGGCAGAGGGAGCCCCGGGGCCGUGCACGGACCUGCUCCGCAGUGUGUAUGAGAGAGGAGAGGCCGGGGUAACCCGCUCCGGGAAGGGGCCGAUGCGCCCAGGGCUGCGCCGUCCUCCCCACGGAGCCCGCAGCCCCCCGGCGCCUCGUGGGCUGCAGGGGAGCCCCGGCGGGAGCACGGCGCGCUCCUCGGCACGGGGAGAACGGCGAGACCCCGCGGGCCCGGGGCGGCGGAGGGACCCGCGCCCUUACCAGGCAGGCGGCCAGGACGGCCCGCAGCGCCUCCAGCCGCUCCUCGUCGCUCUCCUCCUCCCGCAGCAGCCCCUCGAUGUAGGCGCCGUACACGGCGCGGUCCAGCCCCAGCGCGUCCAGCCGCGCUGCGAGCCAUGCCGGGAAGGGCGGCGGCUCCGGGAGCAGCACGGGGGCCGGGAUCGGGAUCGCCAUCGGGAUCGGGGCCGCGCCCGCCCCGCCGGGCGCCGCCAUCUUGGGCCUGCAGAGGGAGGGGACGGUGGCCGCGGCGGGACAAACUUGUGGCGCCGGCGGGAGCGGAGGGAGCGAGGUCGGUGCCGGUGCCGGUGCGGCCGUGCCCGGACGGGAGCGGCGGGGCCGGGCGGGCGGCCCGGUGUGCCCCGUGUGCGCCCCGCGCCCCCUGCGCCCCUGGCACAGCCUCUCUUUACCCCGGAGAGCGGUUUCGCGGGGAGCGGCGCGUCCCUGCGCGGCCGCCGUGCGGGGCGGGGCGGGCGGCGAAAUUUAAACACGGACGAGCGGCGGGCUCCCGGCGCCUCCGAGCCGGGCAGGGCCGUGGCCAUGGCCGGCACGGCCUCCCCUCGGCCCCUCCGCGGACAGUCCUUCUACCUGGACCUGCCGAGCGGCCGCAGCGCCCGGGAGCUGGCGGAGGCCAUCGGGCGGCUCGGUGGGGUGACCGAAAGCUUCCUCAGCAAAGAAAUCACCUGUGUGGUGUCCAGCAACAGAGAGGCCAAGCGGGGCCAGGCCAGGGCUCGGGAGGAGAAGCAGAACAGCCCAGCUGCAGAAGGCACAAACCCCACGGGCUCAGUGCCUGCUGCCCCCAAAGGGACCCCAACCAGAGCUCGCCAGAAGCCACCGUACACUGCGCUGCUGAGCCGGGGGAAGGAGCUGCUGAACAAGGCCAUGAAGAACCAGGACACCUGCAGUGGCAGCAGCAUCCUCGCCAACGCUCGCCUGUGGGGAGUCCAGAUCCUGCAUGUGGAUGAAAUGUUGGCCUAUGCCCAGCAGCUGCUGCGGGCCAUCUCGGGAGCAAGGAAGCAGUGCCAGAAGACAGAGGUGAAAUGCCCUGCCUCUAGAUCCAAAAUUCACAAAGGAAAAUUGAAGCCCCCCUUUCUGAAAGUUGAAGACCAGAGCAGGCAAUUCCGGCCCUUCCAUCACCAGUUCCAAAGCUUUCCUGACCUCAACUUCCUGGCACCCAAAAGCUCCAGCCCAUUUGAGCCUCUGAAAAGCCUCUCCAAUUCCUGCCAAGCCAGGGGUGCUGAGGGCUGUGCCCUGCACAGUGCUGGGGGGAAGAGCCCCCGCUCCACACACGUCACCAUGCCCAGGAAAAGGAGGGGGUUUUGCGAGUGCUGCCAAGAGACCUUUGAAGAGCUGCAGAAGCAUCUCCAGAGCCCCCAGCACCAGAGGUUUGCCAGGGACAGCUCCCAGUACAUCCCUGUGGAUCGUGUCAUCUCCCAGCUCACCAACAGCUUUGUGGAGUGGUCAGCCAAGUCCUGCCUGGCAGAUGAACGUGUAGUGCCUCAAGCACACGGCACUGGAGGAACGAAGCUGCUGCCAGCAGAGCUGGGAAAGGAAGGGGAGCAGCCUGAGCAGGGUGCUGUGGAACUGGUAAUGGAUACAGAGCUGGAUCAUGGCCUGAAGACCCAGGGACAUUCCCCCUGCCUGCCCAGGGACACGGUCAGAGAUCCCAGAGGAGGGGGCUUGUCAAAGCACAGCUCCCUGGAGCUGCCAAGAGGAGCAGGGCUCAGCAGAGGGGUCUGUGCUGCCCAUGGUACCAUGGGGGAGGCUGGGCUGGGGGCUUCAGGUUUAGGCUUGGCUCCUGAGCUGGGCUGGGAGCCUCAUGCAGCACCCACUCCUGUCAGAGAGGCAAUGGCUUCUUCAUCUGAACCUCAUACACAGCCUGGGUCUGUCAGCCCCCCUCCCCAAGCACAGGCUGCCUCCAGGAAGCGCCAGCUGUGCUCCAGACAGAGCUCCCAGGUGGGAAAGAGGCCCAGGCUGGAGCUGGGUUUUGGCCUGUCCCCUCCGGGUGAGCAGAUGGAGCCGGUGGGUGGUGGGAUGGGGGCGCAGGGUGCAGGGAUUCCAGCUGUGGACAGGGACUUGCUGCGGCAGCCGCGCGGCAGGGUGAGGGACGGCGGGUACGGGCCUGGGCUCUGCUCCGUGCUGGAGGAGACCGAGCUGGCCUGGGCAGGCCCAGAGGACAAGAGCUGCAGGAACUGCUGCACAGAGACCCGAGGAGCCUCUUUCCCCAUACUUGGGACGUUGUUUGGCAGCUAA